CUGAGGUUGUCUUUCAUCUUCACGAUGAAGAGACUCAUUCUGGCACUGGUUUUCACGUUUGUGGGAAGUCAGAAAUAUGACAUUGAACCUAGUUUUAGGGACAGAAAGACCUACUUGUACAGCUAUGAAGGCCUCAUUCUGCAUGGUCUGCAAGACAGAGGUUUGGCAAGAACUGGGCUGAAGCUGACAUGCAAAGUAGAGAUCAGUGGAUUGUCAAACAACUAUCACAUGCUGAAGAUCCGAUCUCCACAGCUGGAGGAGUACAAUGGAAUCUGGCCCACAGAUCCAGUCAUUCGAUCUUCCAAGCUCAUCCAGACAAUUGCAUCAUGUUUCACCCAAUUCUUUAAGUUUGAAUACAACAGAGGGCAGUUUGGUAACAUUUAUGCCCCAAAAGAUACGCCUGUGACAUGUGUUAACUUAGUGAGAGGGAUUCUGAACAUGUUGCAGAUAACUGUCAAAAAGUCACAGAAUGCAUAUAAUCUGCAAGAGGCCGGGAUUGAAGGUGUCUGCCAUACAAGUUACCUUAUUCAGGAAGACAGGAAAACAAAUCAAGUCACGGUAUCCAAAACCAAAGACCUCAACAACUGCCAGGAUAAAGUGGCGAAGAACAUUGGAAUGGCUUACAUCCGCCCUUGUGCUACCUGCCCACUGAAAGAAAAGAUCAUAAAAGGAACAGCUGCAUUCACCUACAAAAUGAAAUACACAGAUGCUGGUGCCUUGAUCACAGAAGCUGUGUCUCAGCAGGUCUAUCAGAUCUCUCCUUUUAGUGAACCUGCUGGUGUUGCUGUCAUAGAAGCAAAACAAGAACUUACUUUGAAUGAUAUUAAAAGCAAUCAAGUAAGCACAUCAGAAAUUGAGUUGCAAAACUAUGGAAGUCUUCGCUACCAUUUUUCAAGAGAACUACUCCAGAUGCCAAUUCAUUUAAUAAAGAUGAAAAAUCCUGAAUCACAGAUAGUAGAAAUACUGCAAAAAUUAAUUCAGCAUAAUGAACAAGUAUACAAUAGAGAAGCUCCAACCAAAUUCUUAGAACUUAUCCAGCUUUGUCGUGUAGCAACCCCUGAAAAUCUCAAGUCUCUUUGGAAACAAGUUGCUGAUAAACCUCAAUAUAGGCGCUGGUUAUUGAGUGCAAUCUGUGCAGCGGGAACUACUGAGACUUUCAUGUUCCUUAAGCAGAAAAUUCAUAAUGGGGACUUCAGCUAUAUGGAAUCAGCUAUGACUAUCGCACUCGCCUUCCAUUUAUCCAAAGCUGAUGACGAUUCUUUACAAGCUGUAGCAGAUCUAAUGACCAGCAUCCAAAUUCAAAGAGCUCCUAUGCUACGCAAGCUUGCCUACCUGGCAUAUGGUUCCAUGAUAAACAGAUAUUGUGCUGUGGCACCAUCUUGUCCUAAAGAAAUUCUUCAGCCCCUCCAUGACCUUGCAGCUGAGGCAAUCAGCAAGAACAGUGAAGAUGACAUGGCUUUGGCUCUAAAAGCAAUGGGCAAUGCAGGAGAACCAGCCUGUAUCAAGCGCAUCCUGAAGUUCUUGCCGAUAUUUUCACCUGCCGCAAAGGCUUUUCCAGUUACAAUUUAUAUUGAUGCUGUUUUGGCCUUGAGAAAAAUAGCCAGGAAAGAUCCUGCAAAAGUACAGGAAAUUCUUCUCCAGAUCUUUGUGGACCAGUCACUUGAUCCAACUGUCCGAAUGAUGACUUGUGUUGUCAUCUUUGAAACUAAGCCUGCUCUUUCUCUCAUAACAUCUAUGGCCAAUGCUUUGCUAAAGGAGAGCAGUUUGCAGGUUGCCAGUUUCACAUAUUCCCAUAUGAAGGCUUUGGCAAUAAACAGGAUCCCACAACUCUAUAAUGUAUCUGCUGCUUGCAACAUUGCCAUUAAACUACUGAGCCCAAGACUUGACAGGAUGAACUAUCGUUACAGCAAGGUUAUUCACAUUGGUGGUUAUUAUCCUGAUUAUAGGGUUGGUGCAAUUGGAAGAAUCUAUCUCAUGAACAGUCCAAGAAGUAUGGUGCCAUCUGCAAUAAUUAUGAAACUGAGAGGCUACUAUGCAAAUACCGCAACUGAUUUUGUUGAGGUGGCUCUCCAGUCACAAGGUCUAUCAGACCUUGUUAGGAAACAGAAUGUCCUAUUUGCUGAAUAUGACACAUACAAAAAACUGAAGGUGCUUGAGAAAACGCUUCUGGGAUGGAAGGAAUUGCCUCCUGAAAAUCCACUUAUAUCAGCCUAUGUAAAAGCAUUUGGUCAUGAGCUCGCCUUUGCUGACAUCAACAAGGAGUUCAUUCAACAGACAGUGAAGGCUCUGACUGAAUCAUCAGAUGGUCACAUGUUAGUGAAAAACGUGAUCAAUCAAAUCCAAAGAGGCAUUGCAGGACAAUGGACACUGGCAAUAUUGGCAGGAGAAGUUCGGCACAUUGUCCCUACCUGUGUGGGCCUGCCCCUGGAACUCAGUUUAUAUAGCACUGGUGUGAUACAUGCUGCAGCCAAUGUUGGUAUAAAUAUUUCCCCCUCUUUAUCUGGCAAUUUUAAACCUUUGCAGUUCUUUGAUGCCAAUAUGCAACUUCGUGCUGAUAUCAACCCCAGCAUACACAUGCAUACAAUAGCAAUGGUGGGACUCAAUACACAGUACUUUCAGAGUGGUCUUGAAUUUCAUGCCAAUUUCCAUGCCAACAUUCCACUGAAAUUUGAUGCCAAGAUAAACAUGAAAGAUAAAAGUUUAAAGUUUGAAACAACUCCCUGCCACCAGGAAAUGCAGCUAGUCUCUGCAAGGACUAAAGUUUAUGCUAUUUCAAGAAAUGUGGAAGAGAUGACGUCAGUAAGGAGAUCAGUUUUGCCAGAAGAAGCUGCAUUGGAUGUCUCUGAGCAACAUUUUAAAUCCCCCAAAAGGACUUCAAGAAAUCGUGCCAUCGUGGGCUCAGAAGAGAAAUUUCAUCACAGAGCAAAGUCUUAUACACGAGUCUUUUGUGGCAAAUUACAAAGUUUGGGUUGCCAAACCUGCCUUAAUCUCCAGUUCCAAGAUGCUGCAUUCUUAAAAGAUACAUUUCUACACUGGUUGGUUGGAGAACGUGAAGUCAAAUUAGUUUUGAAACCAGUCCAUACAGAUGCUGCUAUUGCCAAAAUACAGCUAGAGUUUCAGGCAGGAUCCAGAGCAGCUUCCAGAAUAAUCCAGAUGGUAACCCCAGUGUCAGAGGAAGAUGAUGAUUCAGCUCUAGAUGAUGCGGUUCAAACGAAACUGAAGAAAGUCCUAGGAAUUGAAAAUAUAUUUAAGGCUGCCAACAGAAGUGCACAUCAGCACCUUAAGAAGCAAGCCACCAGGAAAGAUAAAGCCAAAAUUGCAGAAAUUCAAGCAGAUCCAACUGCUAAAUAUCAGUCCAGCUCAUCCUCAUCCUCAUCAGCAUCUUCCUCCUCCACCUCUUCUGUUGGCGACAAAUACAGGAAUAAAGACACCAAAGACAAAAUAUGGCAACGUAGACAAAGGGAAGGAAGUUGUGGUGGCAGCAGCAGCACCAGAAGCUGUAGUAGCAGUGAAGAAGACCAUUCUGCAAACACAGAGCAGCACCUGGUUAGGAGCUGGAGCAGCAGCAGUGACAGCGAGUAUUCCAAAAAGCAGGCUGAUCCAGAAAUUUAUCAGUAUCAGUUCACAUCGGUACACACAAAACAGUAUCCAAGAAAGAAAGUCCCAAGCGGCAGCAGUAGCUCUUCUUCCUCCAGUUCCAGUUCUUCUAAGAGUAGUGAUGAAAGCAGCUACCAAGCAAGUGCUCAGCCUACAUUCUUGGGAGACUUUAAACCACCAAUGCUGGCUGCUAUUCUUCGUACUAUUCGAAAUGACAGAAAGCUGGCAGGUUUCCAGCUUGUGUUGUACACAGACUUACACUCCACCAGACCCAGAAUACAAGUAUUUGUGUCAAAUAUCACAGACUCAAGUCGUUGGAAGUUCUGUGCUGAUGCUUCAAUAGUAAAUUCCUACAAAGCAGCGGGUUAUCUAAAAUGGGGCCAAAAUUGCCAGGACUAUAGGAUUGCUGGAAAAGUUGAAAGUGGCCAAUUUGCUGAUUACCCAGCUGCACAGAUUAAGCUAGAGUGGCCUAAAAUUCCUUCAAGAAUCAAACUGGCUGUAAAAUGCUUUUAUUCAUUAGUUCCCGGAGUUGCAUACAUGUUUGGAUUUUCCCAAAGGGAACAGAACAAUCCCGCUCAACAGGCUACUCUGGUUGUGGCUCUAACGUCUCCAAGAACCUGUGAUCUUGUUUGCAAGCUACCUGAUCUCACAAUUUAUAAUAGAGAUGUUAGCCUUCCACUGCCAAUCCCUUUAGAUCCACAUAUAUCAACUUCAGUGAUACAGUAUCCUGCUUGGAAUUUCUUCACUAAAAUACCAUCCUCAGUCAUUGAGAAUCUUAAAGGUCAUUGUUCAGUCUCCCAAAAUAUGAUCACAACCUUCAAUGAAGUUGAAUUUAACUACUCAAUGCCUGCAAACUGCUACCAUGUCUUGGCGCAAGAUUGUAGCCCAGAAUUGAAAUUCCUGGUGAUGAUGAAGAAAGUGGACGAGUCUACUGAUCUUAAAGCAAUCAAUAUCAAACUUGCCAAUCAUGAGAUUGACAUGUAUCCUGAAAAUGGACUCAUCCAGCUGAUGAUCAAUGGUGUUCAAACCCCAGCAGAGAAUCUCCCAUACACAUCUAAUUCUGAUGCAUAUAUGCUGAUCAGCAGUGAGAAGAAAGGUUUGUCAGUAAAAGCCCCCGAGUAUGGCAUAGACAAACUUUAUUAUGAUGGACAUACAUUUAAGAUUCAAGUUGGUUUCUGGAUGGCUGGAAAAACAUGUGGUAUUUGCGGAAAAUUUGAUGGUGAGAGUAAACAGAAAUAUCAAAUGCCUAGUGGAUAUGUAGCUAAAGAUACAGAGAGCUUUGCUCAUUCCUGGAUAUUUUCAGAAGAGCCUUGUGCUGGAGAUUGUAAGCUGCAGCGCACACUCAUCAAAAUUGAGAAGCCAGUUGGUUUUGAAAAAGUGGCCUCAAAAUGCUAUUCAGUGGAGCCAGUUUUGCGUUGUGUGAAAGGAUGUUCUGCAAUCAGAACUGCUUCUGUCUCUGUUGGCUUCCAUUGCGUGCCAGCUGACUCCACAGCCAACUUUGAUGAAGACCAGAUAAGGUUAGACAAGGCAGAGGAUUUGGAGAACGUAGUUGAUGUUCAUACAAUGUGUUCCUGUGAACAACUACAGUGUGUAGCAUGACACUACAUUUCACCACUGCUAGUGAUGUUCUUUUCUUUGAUGUAAACAUACUUGUUCUUGGCAAUCAUAGGCACACUACUUUGUUUCAGACAGUGAAGAAAAUA